CAAACAACGCACACUGAAAUUUCAAGAUUUAUUCAUAUCGAAAAAUUAAAUUUAUAAGCUUAUACUACUGGUGAAAAUAUGAUAAAAACGCUCAGUCUGCUUCUACCCUAAUUUCUGAAUACUGGCACUCUAAACUGUUUUUAGACAGGCACGAAAGAACGAGAAAUAGAAAAAUAAUGCAACAAACAAAAGAAGGCAUUUCUUGCCAAUAGAAAAUAUUUCUUCAUAUUGAACACAUGUAUUUUUUAUAAAAUCAAAAUUUAAAGUGUAACAAAUAUUUUCAAAAUUUUUAAGUAAAAUAUAAAAAUCUUUUUUACUAAAAUACAAAAAAAGACUCGUCGUUUUAAUUGCUAAGCACAAAGAUAGUGGAAAAUGUGUUCUCCUUGUGGCCCCAUGGUAUGCUACAAAUACGAGGACUGUGGUCCACCAAAAAAGAAGCCCAAUACCGGUGUGGAGAUCGAGCAGGGCGGCGAGGAAAAAACUGAGAAAGAAAAUCAAUUAAAGAGAAUAAAAAGUCGAGAAUUGAGAGGAGGAGUUAUGUACUACAGUUGCCACUGCAUCAAGCGCAAUGGUCUGCAGCACGAUUGCCGGCGCACGGGGUGCGGCGGAGAGCCGGCGUGCCUGGUACUGCCAGACCCGCUGUGCGCGCCCAGCCAACUGGCACGCGCGCGAGGCCUGGCCGACCCCGCUCCACUCGCAAAGCACGUGGCGGCCGUCUCGGGCAAGACGGAAGACGGGGCCACUCGCCCUACGGGCAAGAGAUUUAUUGUUUGUGAACUAAAGAGCAUUGCGCCUAUGGAUACUAGCGGCGGCGCUAAGUGUUGUUGUCGUUGUGCUAAAGACGCUCAAGGUAAAAGAGCGACAGGCGGCAACGACCCGACGUCGGGGCCGCCUAUUGUGGUGAUGAAACUUUGUUAAUUUAUAUCAUGUCCUAAAAUAUUAAGAAAAAAUGAAAAAUAAAAGAUUUAUGUUUA